AUGGCCCGAGUGUCGCGCCUGAGCGCUCGUGCCAUAUUGACUUUCGCUGAAAAGGCAAAUCAAAGAAGCAAGGCGGCUGACGACCUUCCCCGGCUGGAUAAGCGUGACUCUCCUGCAGAGAGACUGCCCACCGCCUCAUUAUCCAGACUGAUGGAGCUGAAGAAUCGUUUAUCCAACAUGAGCCUCGCACACGAGAUGGUGAUGAACCUGAGCUGCUGCUUCGAAUUCCAGGAGACUCCCACGGACAGUUUGGCGGGCGGAGUGAAGGAUGUCUGUCAGCGGGCGUUUUGGGACGUCCUCCAUGAGCAGCUGAACUCAGAUCCUCCCAACUACUCUCAUGCUGUCCUUUCUGUGCAAACUGCACAUGUUUCCCAUUAGAACCUCCUGCUGAUGCUGCUGCCCCGACACGUCAGACUGACAUCUCAGAUCGACGAGUCUCUGGACACGGAGCUGAUCAAGAGGGCGGCCGAUCACGGAGUGCUGGACUUCCACGGGCUGAUGCUUUACAUCAUUGAGACCAUGGCGUCUAUGUGUGCUCUGGUUCGAAUCCCAGAGAUGCAGGCACUGAGGGACCUGAAGGACCCUGUGGAGCUGCUGAGGAACAUCCUCCGCGUCUUGGGGCUGAUGAUGAGCGACGACCUCAACUUCACCAUCCAGUAUCACCAUCUCCUGCUGCAGCACGCGCAGUACGAGAGGGGCAAGUUCCAGGAGAUCCUGGACAGGAUGUCCGGUGAGUGUGAAGGACGUCCCUCUGGGGGGCGUUUAGACCUCUGUUCCCCCCCGGCUGCUGCGAUGCGAGUGAUAGAUGCUAAAGGUGACUUUGUGAGCCAUCGCCCCCCCAUCCUCAACCGGGCCUACAUGCGUCUGCUCUGCUGGGAGCCGCAGGACCAGAAAGAUCCUGAGAUCGUGCUGCUGGACAAAGGUUGCCUGGACGCUGUGGCCCUCAGGCUCCAGAAGCUGGUCCUGGAGGCGUCGGUGCUGCUGCUGACCAAAGCUCAGACCGGGGAAGCGGUUUUCCUUCUGAAGGGGUUUGCUGGUGAACUGAAGCAGACCACCGCUGCCUUGCUGGAGGACAGUCACGCCAGGGACGAGGACCUGAAGGGGGCGCUUUUGGGGCUCGGGGAGAAACUUGUGCUGCAGGUGAACGACGCUGCGAGGAGCCAGGGGAGAGCGGCGCUGCCUCAGGACAACCAGGAUCUGCUGAAGGGACAAAUAUGUGACCUGUUUAAACACAACAACCGCGUCCACACAGUCGUAGGAAAAAGGAUGAAGGGCUUCCUCUGGGCCUUGCUGCAGGCCGGUCCUGCCAAAGUGAGUCUUGACUUGCCCGCCCCCCUGGGCCUGGUGAGAGCCGAGCUCGCUGAGCUGUCGACGGUGUUUAGGAAAAUCGUCCACUUCAACAAAGCGGCCUUUGGUCCCUACUUUGCACCGAUCCUCCGGAAACUGCUGUUCCCACCAGGAGCGGCCGAGGCCGGAGAGACCUCGAGCCGAGUGUGACCUGAAGUGACCUGAGCUCGUGGCUUUGAUGUUAAUACAGAGAACGACGAUGUUACAGGGAGAAUCAGUUGAGAGAUGUCGAAGCAACACAGUUUAAUAAGUUCUCUUGGGUUCACUCUUGGGGUUUUCAAGCCUCCUCACCUUCAGCAUGAGGAGCAGUACACAUAUGCAUACAAUUUUGUUAUUUUGUGUGUUGCUUCCAUAUAAGAAAAAGUCAUAAAAUGCCAAAAAGUAUAGUAUUAUAUUUUGUUAAAACUAUAACAUUUAGAAAAAAAAAACUAAGAAUAGGUCAAGUACUGAAUUAUUACUAUGAGAGGGUGGUACAGUUUGGUGGGUGAUUGUGUUCAUAGGGUUUUUCGGGGCUAUACCAAUAAAAUGUUAUUGGUUGAUUUUAUUAGGUUUCACCUCUUUCACUGUCAACAGGAAAAACAAAGUACCAAGAAAUAUGUUCACAAUUUGUUAAU